AUGAUCAGCGUCGACUCACAACUCAGACAAGACAGUUACCAUGAGGCCCGGCCUUCUCGAAUCUCCCGCAAAUUGAAAGAUGGCGACAGUGACGGUUCAGAAGAAUCAGCAAAGAACGAGCCUGCAUUUACUGGCGAGUUCUUUGACUGCAGAUUUUCAUGGCCACUCCCACCCCUGGACUUGCAAAUUCCUGGCCUCCCAAGUACCCCAGCGACAGAGAUUGCUAGGCCUGAUGAGCCUCCCCUCUACUCCGUCUUUACCGGCGGACAAAAGCGAUUGACCGUCUUUGUCGUGUCCUUCGUCGCUAUGAUCUCACCGCUCUCGGGGACAAUCUACUUCCCUGCCCUGGAGAUACUAGCAAAGCACUUCCAUGUGAGCUCAUCAGUGAUACAGUUGACAAUUACCACUUACCAGAUCUUCCAAGGGAUCGCUCCGUCGUUCAUUGGCAACUACUCGGACAGCUACGGUCGUAGACCCGCUUACGCCAUCUGCAUCGUCGUCUACGUCGCCGCCAACAUCGGGCUUGCUCUGCAAAACAGCUACGCAGCCCUCAUAACCCUCCGAUGUCUACAAUCCGCUGGAUCAUCUGCGACCAUCGCCCUCGCCGCCGGCUCCGUUGCCGACAUGAUAACGCGAGCUGAGCGAGGUAAAUUCAUCGCCUACGCAUCCUUAGGCGUAACGCUCGGUCCGGCUCUCGGCCCCAUAGUCGGCGGCCUACUGACUGAGUUCCUGGGCUGGCGAUCCAUCUUUUGGUUCCUUAUCAUCUUCUCCGCCGCCUUGUUCACCAUCUACUUCAUCUUCGUGCCCGAGUCAGCCCGGCAGGUCGUCGGCAAUGGCAGCAUUCCCCCCUCUCGCCUCUUCAUGACCCCCUUCCAGCGCAUCGAGCACAAGCGCCAUCCCGUCUCUGUGUCGGACGUCGACCGCGCAACGUUAAAGGGAGAGCGAAAACCCCUCAACCCAUUCGCCGCGCUCAAGAUCCUCGGUGAGAAGGAAGGUGGUGUGACGCUCGGCUUCGGCUCGCUCAUGUAUGGCGGGUACUUCAUGGUGCUAACGACGCUGCCGAGCCAACUCACGCAACGGUUUCAGUACAAUGCCGUGCAGAUAGGGCUCUGCUACCUGCCCAUCUUCGUGGGCUCGAUCUUCAGCCGCUCCAUGGCGGGAUACUUGCUAGACCGGAAUUUCCGCCGGCAUGCGAAGCGGGUCGGCAUCGAGGUCUCGAAGGAACGACAGGAGGAUAUGGAUAAGAUGCCCAUCGAGGCCGCGCGGCUGCAAGUCAGUAUUCCCAUGAUUUAUAUUACUUCUGUGUGCGUCCUCGCGUAUGGCUGGACGAUGGAGACGAAGUCCUCGCUGGCGGGGAUUGAGGUGACGUUGUUCUUCCUGGGCUUGUUCAAUUCUGGCGGCCUGGCGGGACUGAAUACACUGGUCGUGGAUACGCAUCAGGAGAGUCCCGCCACUGCCAUGGCUGCAAAUAAUCUGUUUCGAUGUCUAGUGAGUGCUGGUGCUACCUCAGUCGCGGUACCGAUGAUCGAUAGGAUAGGCAUAGGCUGGACGUCUGUCUUUAUUGCUGGAGUGUGGCUGUGCUUCAGUGCUGCACUGUGGUGUGUCCUGCUUUUUGGGGCAGAGUGGAGAUUGGAAAAGAAUGAGAAGAUUAAUAGAGCGAAAGAGAAAGAGGAAGUUCAGACGAGGGAUACGAGUAUAGAGUCAUGA